CUGCAUGCGCAUGAAGAUGAGAUGAUAGAUGUAGGAAGGAUGUUACCGUGAUGGGAUUAUUUAUAAAUAAAUGUAUGUAUGUACAAUGUACAGUACAUAAGUUAGAGCAACCUGAUUGUCAACAAGAGACAGAAGACAGACCGGCAGACAUGCGUCAGCUAGUCAGUCAGUUAGUUACACAGUAGUAGUAGUAGUGCUGUUGGGUUGAGGUAUGUAACAUGACAUGGCACCUGAUGAGAGGGCGAGUUUUCAAUCAUCUGUGAAGGAGCCUCCUUGUGCACUGAGAACAGGUGGGAUUCAGGAGAGGGAGUUGUGGCGCUGUAGAGGAGAGAGGAGACCAUGUGGCAAUGAUGGUUUAUAAUGUUGCGCAUUAUUUAUUAGUUACCUGUUAUUUUAUCCAACCCAUCAGGAAUCGUGUUUUAUGUAGUUACGGAUUAGACAGGUAACUAACUAUAUGAGAGAGAGAUGAGCAGCACGCAGUUUGACAGUCCAGAUUCUUCUGUUCCCCAAUCCGGUCUGGCGUCAUCUGCUGGCCUGCUGAUGUGCUGGACAAGCCAAGUCACAGGUACCUCCAUCCCAUAGACCUUGUAGGGCGGUGUACAGGUAUCUGGUACAUGUGCCUUCUGGAGGGGGUGUUGUUUCAUCAUUCCGGGGGAGGGACUGGUGCCAGGUUCCAGGUAUCAGUGACCUGGAGUUUUGCGGGCGGCCCGGGUAGCCGUUGGGUAUCUCUUACCUGGAACGCCGCCCACCGCCCACCGCCCACCGCCCAACACCGCUCGCCGCCUGCGAGGAAGAACAAUGAACAAUGUCUCCCUGCAUACUUCCAUCAACCAUUCAACCAUCAAUCAUCAAUCAUCAACCAUCAACCCUUUCCAUCACACAUCUCCCGUCUCCUCUCCUCUCAUAUCUUCUUCCGAUCUCCGCAUCCUAUGGAACAAUUCUUCCUGUCGUGGUAUAUAUGCCCCAUCAAUACGUGGACUGUCUUGCCUCCACCUCUCUACGCCGCGUAUAUACUAGCACAUUACACAUUGGUAUGGUAAGCCUUCUCCUAGUCAUAGUAUAUACAUACGUCCAUUUCCCUUCUCGCUGCCUCCCAAAACAUGAAAACGCAUUUCAAAGAAAAUUAAAGAAUCAAGAAUAAAGAAAAGAGAAAAAAGAGACAGCAAAAAAAGAAAAAAACGAACCUCAACAGCAAAUCCCGUUUCCUCCCUCCCUCUCUCUGCCCGUUUUGUUGCUGUCCCGUCCGUCUCAUCUGCUGUGCUGCAAGGCCGCCUUGUUUUGUAUCCGCCAAUCAUCGCCCGCUGUCCCUAGCCUCAUCCCCCAUCCCAUCCCAUCCCAUCCCCAUCCCCAUCCUAACCUAACCAACUAGCUUCUCUCCUCUCCACUGACACAAGAGCUCACCAGACUGGAUCGCAUUGUCACAGUCAUCUCCAGUGAUUUGCAUACCCUUCCCCAUACUGCCUAGUAGGAUCCUGUGACCUCAUCUCGAUUCCCCAGGUUCGCUUCGUUCCGGGCUUAGCAACCCAGCUUUAUCAACGACCACCCCCGGCCUAUUCCUCACCUCUCCCUUUCUUCUCCAGUGCUACGACACCGUCUUGUCGGCCUCGAAUUACUCUGCCAUAUACCAUCCCAAACUCGCCAUAGACCGCUGAUCCUCCAACUCCUCCCUCACCCGUCCGAUUAUAAUCCCUGCCCUGCCCGAGCCGCUCCUGAUGGGACCCCGGUCCAAGCAAACAAUUUUUAUAACGUUGUCGAGGACGUGAUCGAUUCUGGGGUGGUUAAGAGCCCUUGUGUGUGUGUUUUGCGUGCGGGUGCCUGAGUGCCCGUGUGCCUGUGCUGCCCGCUCAUCAUGGAUUCUCCCAAGGAUGCUACUCCACCAACUAGGCCGCCACCGUCCAGACGACGUAGGGAAAUGGAUAUCAUCCCCAUACAGGUCGGGAGCUAUACCCGCCUGGAGGAAAUUGGCCGGGGAAGUUUUGCCACUGUUUAUCAGGGUGUUCAUAAUCGAAACCAAACCCUCGUUGCUAUUAAGUCUGUAAAUAUGGCGAGACUAAACAAGAAGCUGAAGGAUAACCUGAAACUAGAGAUCAAUAUCCUGAAAGCUGUCCACCACCCCCAUAUUGUCAUGCUUCUAGAUUGCCAAGAGACAGCCAAUGAGAUCCAUCUUGUCAUGGAAUAUUGCGUCCUUGGGGAUCUCUCGAUCUUCAUCAAGAAGCGCGAUACCCUAGUGAGACACCAGUUGACCCGUGACCUGAUACAAAGAUAUCCGAACCCGCAGAGUGGCGGUCUAAAUGAAGUUAUUGUCCGCCACUUUCUAAAACAACUUGCGAGCGCCCUCCAUUUCCUCCGGUCGAGAGAUUUGGUCCAUCGCGACGUAAAACCUCAAAAUCUUUUACUUAACCCCUCCCCGCGUUCUAUCGCCAGGGGAGACUACCGGCUUCCUCCAUACAAGGGAAAUGAGGACCUGUUCACACCACUUGCAGGCCUGGAUUCCAUGCCUUUACUCAAACUGGCGGAUUUUGGUUUUGCCCGGUCACUUCCUUCAACGUCUCUUGCCGAUACGCUCUGCGGUUCCCCUCUCUAUAUGGCCCCGGAAAUCUUGAGGUAUGAGAAAUAUGAUGCUAAAGCCGAUUUAUGGUCAGUGGGCACUGUCUUGUAUGAAAUGGUGGUUGGGAAGCCAUAUUUUAGAGCGACGAACCAUGUCGAAUUGCUUCAGAAGAUUGAGAAGGCGAAUGAUCGAAUAAAAUUUCCUGAACAUUGCGAUGCCUCGGAAACUAUGAAAAAGACGAUAAGACAGUUACUCAAACGAAAUCCAGUGGAAAGGAUGGGCUUUAAUGAUUUCUUCGAAUCAGCGGUUAUUAAAGGGGAUAUCCCGGGGUUGGUGACUGAGGAUCGGUAUCCCGUUGCUCAGGAAAAAUCCAUUGCUGAGGAUAUACAAAGGGCUGGCUCGACUCGGCAGGACCGAAGUGUAAACGUUGCUCAGGAAGCAGGUUACUCGUCCUCCCCGUCUGAACGUCGUUCUUUGGAUCACGCAGCAGAAGGUCAACGCCCAUCCACACCUCGCCCAGUAUCCGGGACUUCUCCUCGUCCGGCCGGUGCUGUACGUCGGAUGGGAAGCCGCGAUAAACCUGAUUUACAACGAGCAGCGGUGACAGGACGCCAACAAAACAUGAACUCCCAGCCUUCAUCUCCUGGGCGCCGUGGGUCUAGCGAUCAAACUGCUGCUGCACAUGCCAUGGAACGACAACGGAGUCGGACCACAUCGUCUCCCGGAUCAUCGUUACUCAACGAGAACGCCAUCGAGCGUGGAACUCUUCCCCAACCAGCGCUUGACGACAAAGAUACCGAACGAGAACGGGAACGGGCUGCUCAGGAAGUGGCUUUUGAACGCGAUUAUAUCAUCGUGGAAAAGAGGGCUGUGGAAGUGAAUGCCUUUGCUGAUGAACUUGCUGCCAGCCCCCGUAUACAGCAACAACCUCAAGGUUCAACACGCCCGGCGGCAGGUGCCAUUGUCCGGCGUGCCACCACCGCUUCCCACUCACCUAGUCCAUCACAAGGUGCCUCAUCACGUGCCUUGCAAAUGGUUACUGGUAGGCCGCGAGCAGACUCUAACCACAAUCGGCAAAGCUCUUAUGAACGGAGAUACGGGCCCAGUCCUACCUCCGCGACAUCUGCAAUCUCGAAAGCGCUAAAUAUGGCCAGUGGGAGAUUGUUUGGCGUUGGCUUUUCUCCCCCGCUAACUCUAACGAAAGGUGGACGCUCUCCACCGCUAGCAUACAACCCAUUUCCCGCCUAUCCAAUUUCCCCGCAAGGUAACCUUGUCGUUAUCGGGGACGGAGCCAAGACGCAAGUUGCGUUAGACGAGGACACAAAAACAGUCCAGAUCAUCGAAGAAUGCGCCACGCGGAGUGAUGUUGUUUACGGAUUUGCUGAAGUCAAGUACAAACAGUUGAUACCGCUGGCUCCGUCCAUGCAGUCGGAAACGGCUAUUCAUCCUGGUACCGCUUCACCAGAAAUGGAAGUUGACCCGUCCCAGUCAACUGAUGGCGGACUCACCGUCGAUGCUGUUGUGACCCUUUCUGAGGAGGCCCUGGUACUUUAUGUGAAGGCACUCUCCCUGCUCGCCAAAUCGAUGGAUAUUGCCGGUGCAUGGUGGGCGCGAAAGAACACAGGAGAAGUGGUUGGCAUUGGCGACGGUUCAUCUUCGAGUUCGGGGAAUAAUCAUAACGGCAGUGGCAAUACAAGCCCUGCCGCGGGGAACCGUGUGAAUAACGUCGUACAGUGGGUCAGAAACCGCUUCAAUGAAGUCCUGGAAAAGGCAGAGUUUGUCCGGCUCAAGCUUGUGGAGGGCCAGAAGCGACUACCUACCGAUCAUCCUUCACAUCCAAGUAACAAUGGUAACCACUCGUAUGGAUCGGAUGCGGGGCUGGGACUGGGGACGUCUGUUGAUCAGAUCGUCGUGAGCUCUGGGAUCACUGCGGAAAAACUCAUGUACGACCGCGCGCUGGAGAUGAGUCGGACUGCGGCCAUUAAUGAGCUUACUGGGGAGGAUUUGCCUGGCUGUGAAAUUGCGUACGUCACUGCUAUUAGGAUGCUGGAGGCUGUUUUGGAAAAUGAUGAGGAGCUGCCGUCGAGGAGAUCUGGACAGGCUGAGAAACCCGGUAUUGAUAAUGACGUUAUCAAUGGGGUUCAGUUGGAGGAUCGCCAGAUCGUGGUUAAACUUGUCGCCAGCAUCCGCACACGGCUCGCGGAGCUCCGAAAGAAAAUGACACUGAUGGCUAAACGAACGUCCGGCCCCCCAGUCAUUCAGACCAAAGUUACUGGCAUAUCAUCGCAUCUUCGCAGACCUUCUUCACCCGCCGUCACUGCCUCUGCGUCACCUCGGUGAGGAAAUUAUCAGAGGCUAACUCGGCUGGCCUUGUCCUUCCUCGCCUUCUGAACUUUUAUUUACGUCCUGCGAGCUUGGAUGUAAGUAAUGUAUCGCGCUAAGUGCCACGUACUUGUUUGUUUGUACGUGACGGAUGCAGUCGCAGAGACGAUACAAACGCCCAGGCGAGGGUCUAGUUUGAGAGGAGACCCCGUCUCCUGUCGAAAAUGAGACUCUUGCGGGCCUACCUUUUCCUCCCAUUGGCCAAUUUCGAGCGAAUGCUCAAACGCCGUUGGCCUAGUCUAAUAAUAUUCUAACCGCGGUAAUUAUCUCAGGAUGCGUGCGAGUAAAACUCGGCUCACUACACGCGGCGCGGGGUUCUCCUUUUUCGAAAACUGCACUUCCACGAGGUAUUGCUUACGCCCGUCUACUGUCCCGUUUCGUUGAAGUUCCUUUUCACUCUAUUCAUUUUGACCUUCGCAUGGAACGUACGACCGUCAACCGGAACAUAAGCGGUAUAUCCGGUUGCGACGUCCCUCGGCUUUUAUCUGUUCUUAUUUUAUUUUAUGUUCGUUUCAUCUCUUGCUAUUACUACUUUAUUUCUUUUUAUCUUCUCUGUACUUGCUUUAUUGCUUCUCUCCCCUCCUGGCCAUUUCUUAUCUAUUGUCGUUCUUUCUCAGCUCAUCAACUCAUUCGUCUUAUUUUAUUCUAUACCCCCCAGGGCUGCAGGGUGUUAGUGUCUUCUUUCCUUUUUUUUUUUUUUCUCUUGCAAUUCUCUCUUUUGAGUGUGUUCUGGCGCAUUUGUUUAUAAUUUUAUCCAUUCUGAGACAGACACGAAAGCACAUGGAUUAUUCGAUUCACUGAUUUGACGAAUGGGCGGGAUGGAAAUGGUGCCUUGGGACGGGUUGUGGGGAGCUUAUUUGCUUUUUUAUUUUUUGGUCCUUGGUCUUUUUAAUAUUCAUUUCUCAAUCAGUUUCUCAUUUAUCGGGUAUAUGGUUUGGUUUGGCUUGGUGUGGUUUGUUUUGAUUUCACUCCUUUACAUAUUUCUUUUUCGCAUUACUCGAACUCGAACCUACUUAUGUCAUCUUUUUUCUAAUUUCUAUAUUUCGUUUCUUCAUCUCCUUUCACGCUCCCCCCCCCUUGUUUAAUAUACAUUCGAUCUACCCUAUUUACAGAUUGGAACACAUGGGCGAAUAUGGGGCAGAAAGGGGUUGGGGGGCUUUUUGGUAAAAUACUGGAGAGGGGAGGGACUGAAGUCUUUCUGAAGCUGGAGAAAUAUGGAGUUGUUCACACUUUCUUUGGUUUAUGGUUUAUGGUUUAUGGGUUAAUUAAUUGGGCUUCGAGGGGCCUGCGGUUGGAGGAUUGGUAUUUUAUACAAAUAUAUAUAUACUAACAGGUUUAUCUGACUGAAUUAAACCAUUUGAUUGCUGUUCCGCUCUGCACAUAGGG